UUUUCAGACUUUAUUUUUAAAUUUUAUAUUUAUUAUCAUCCUAUCAACAUGAGAAAACAUUCCGUUUCAGCACAAUUAACUCGAACAGCUCGUCGUUUCUCUACAGUUAUAGCCCCUCAAUUAACUAAAUUAGAACCUGUCCCUACUUUACAAAAACAUCAAAAAGUUACAAUUAGAAUUGCAGAUAUUCAAAAAUUAAAUGAAGCAAUUAAACAAUAUGUUUUACAUGGUGGACGUCUUUUUGAUCCUGUAGAAUUUGAAAUUAGAGCUGAAGACACUGAUAGUAAUGGGAAUGGACGAGAUCAAAUUUUAUUAACGGCGCAAUUUUACACAGAAGAGAUUGUACUUUUUGAAGGAAAUAAACGCCUUUUGAGUAUCUCAUUGAGUGAUCCCGUUGGUGAAUCAGACCUUUUAAACAGAUUUAAGACGAAUGGAAGCUCUUUUGAUUCAAAUAGUCCAGUGCUUGCCAAAGUUCGUCAUCCAAUCUCAGGUAUAAAAAUGUUUGAAGUUGUCCAAAGUCAAAAACGUCCUCAACGUUGGCAAAUAACUGGAGCAAUGGAUGAAUUAAACAAAUGUGAAGUUGAAGCACAUUCAAAUGUUUGGAGACAGAUGCUUUCUGCUUGUGGAUUUGUUUUUGCAGCAGAAUGGUGGAGUAUACAAAAUGAAGGGUUAAGAGUAGCUGAGAUCUUUCCACAAAAAGCAGUUUGUGAAGAAAAUUCUUUACGUUUGCAAUGGUCAGAGCAGGCGAGCAAUGAACUUCGAUUAUUAGCCUUAUGCUUUGGGCUCGUACAGACGGUGCGCGAAGCGUUCCCAUCGCUUCUUCACAUUAUGAAAGAAGCUAGACAAAGAAAAAUGCAAAUUCAUCGCCCAAGUGUUGUGCCAGCUUCUCCCUGAUAUUUUUUUGUGUGCUCAGACAACAAGCAAAACAAAGUCAUACAAAAAACAUUUACAUAACUAUGCACAUUUUCAUUAUUAAUUAGGAAAUUGUGCCGUUUUUUGCGUGACUUAGCGUUAUACAUACUUUUUAAGUCAACUCAAAUUUUUAGUUUUAUAAAACCGUUGAAACUUAUUUCGAUUUACUGUUGUAUUAUUUUUCUUCAAAAUUAUAAAUUUUUUAAAGUUUU